AUGAUGGAGAUCAAUAGCACUGCUGUGACAGAAUUCAUUCUGCAAGGAUUUACAGAAUACCCAAAACUACAGAACAGUCUUUUCCUGAUAUUUCUUGUAAUCUACCUUUGGAUCUUGUUAGGGAAUCUGGGAAUGGUUGUGUUGAUCAGGAGUAGUCCUCAGCUUGAGACCCCUAUGUAUUUCUUCUUGCAACAUUUUUCAUUAAUGGAUGCCUGUAUAGCCUCAACUGUUGCUCCUAAGAUGCUGCUGAACUUCCUGGCAGAGAGAAAGACCAUCACCUAUGGGGGCUGCAUUGUCCAAUUUUUCCUUUUUUGCACUUUUACAGAUGUAGAAGCCUUCCUUCUGGCUGCCAUGGCAAUUGACCGCUAUGUAGCUGUUUGCAAGCCCUUGUCUUACACAGUUUUCAUGUCUAGAUCCUUCUGCCUCUGGCUGCUUUGGGGAGCAUAUGCUGGGGGUGUCUUGAGUUCUCUCAUUCAUACCUGUGCAUCUCUAAGGCUCUCUUAUUGUGGAAGGAAUUCCAUUAACCAUUUUUUUUGUGACCUGGCUGCUCUGAUGGCCCUUGCCUGUUCAGAUACUUCCCUCAACGAGCUGCUGCUCUUCACCUUUGGCACCUUGGUUGAAGGCUUGAACACUGUGACUAUUGCUGCCUCCUAUAGCUUCAUCAUCAUAGCAGUUGUCAAGAUGCCCUCCUCAGGAGGCAGGCUGAAAACCUUCUCGACCUGUGCUUCCCACUUGACAACCUUUGCUUUGUUCCAUGGCACCAUCCUCUUUAUGUACUUCCGACCCAAAUCCAGCUUCUUCAUGCACACUGACAAAAAGGUCUCCGUGUUUUACACUCUGAUCAUCCCCAUGUUGAAUCCUUUAAUUUACAGUUUGAGAAAUACCGAUGUAAAGGGGGCCCUCAAAAGAUUGCUAAGGAAGACAAUAAACUUCCACUGA